AUGCUUGCUAAACAACUCCUCUUCGCCUUGGCAGUGUCUGCCAGCUUUCUCGGGAGCGCUACGGCAGCCAAUGGCUUCAAUGGAGGGAACAAAGGAGGAAACAAUGGAGGUAACAAUGGAGGCAACAAUGGAGGUAACAAUGGAGGCAACAAAGGAAACAAUGGGGGAAACAAUGGAGGAAACAACUUGAUCCUAAACCCCAAUCUGGUUCAAACUGGAAGUCAGCAAACUGGUGGUAACUCCGCUGGAGAAACUGCUUCUGCAACUGACAAAGCCAACUUCAUCAACUUCUGUCAAGGAAAGACCCUGACGAACGGUGCUCAGGUUACUGGUGGAUCUUGCAAUGGCAUUGUUAUGGGAGAUAUCCCGGCCAAAACCAAGAUGGUCUCAACUGUUAUCUUGAGUCCCCAGAACUUGCAAGAUAUUGCUGCCAACCAGGACUUCACUGUCUCACUCCAGGUUGCAAACCUCCAAGCCGGUGCCUUUACCAACGCUACCAGCACAUACUACGCAGCACCACAGGCUCUUAACUCUGCGGGACAAAUCAUUGGCCACGUCCAUGUCACCAUUCAGAAUAUGGGCAGCCUCAACCCUUCCACGCCCCCUGACCCAACUACCUUUGCUUUCUUCAAGGGUAUUGAUGAUGCCGGUAAUAACAAGGGUCUAUUGCAAGCUACAGUUGCAGGUGGUCUGGCCGCUGGUACUUACCGUGUCUGUACCAUGUCUUCAUCUAGUAAUCAUCAGCCGGUUCUUAUGCCAGUUGCCCAACGAGGUGCACAAGAUGAUUGCAAGUACUUUACCGUUGGCCAGAAGAACAAUAACAACAACAACAACAACAACAACAACAACAACAAUAAUAAUAAUAACAACAACAACAACAACAAUAACGGCAAUGGUAAAGGCAGCAACACCAACACUGGGGGCAACACUGGAAACAAAGGCAACACCGGAGGCAACACUGGAAACAAAGGCAACACCGGAAGCAACACCAAUACUGGAAGCAAGGGUACAUUCAGCGGCAGUAAAAGCGGCAAUGGCAAAGUCGUCGACUCCGCUGGUUCUUCCAGCUCUUCAAGCUCUACCGACUGCAGCACCGUCGCCAGUGCAACCGCUACAGCAUCAGCUUCAACUUCAACAUCGGCUAGCGCUACUGAAGUUGUAGCAGCAACUAGUUCCAGCCCUGCUGCCAAUGCCGACAAGGGACACAGCAGCAAACACGGCGGCAACGGAAUGAGAUCUAACGGUCGAUUCGUGUUGAGAAAGUUCGUUGCUUAA